AUGGUGGAGGAGCUUGUCGACUAUGGCGGAACAGGGGGCUGGGUGAUCGAUGAUGGUGAUGAUAUGCCGAUGGAUUGGGGCAGUAUGGUGGUAGGGAGGCGGGAUGUGAAGAUUGCUCCUGAAUUGGGCCGAAAUAUCAGUCGCGUCCUCCGCAAGAGAAAAACCAUAUGGGACUCACAUAGGGCCUCAUCUUAUCUUGCUGAGAAUGGGACGAUCCUUGAUAAUGUACUCAUAUGUCGUCAGGAGGUCUUGAAAUUGGCCCAUGCGGAGGUCGCCCUGUCGGCCAUUUCGGGGGUCCGGAUAUGCCAGCAACAACAGUCUAGUUGUGUCAUGAGGAAGUGCCCGCCACCGUGUAGGGCCGCCCUUGUACGAGAUCAUGUUGACAUCCGGGGCCUACUCGGGGAGUCCAGGAGGACUGCCAUGGUGGAGGAGCUUGUCAACUAUGGCGGAACAGGGGGCUGGGUGAUCGAUGAUGGUGAUGAUAUGCCGAUGGAUUGGGGCAGUAUGGUGGUAGGGAGGCGGGAUGUGAAGAUUGCUCCUGAAUUGGGCCGGAAUAUCAGUCGCAUCCUCCAGCCUCUCCUAUGGGAGCUUCUUGACGAUCGCGGGACAUGGGCGAACUAG